AAGCUUCUUUUCUUCCCCGCAAAGAAAGAAGGGAAGAGUUCUCGGCUUCUCGCGAGUCGCGACAGAGAGAGGCGGAGUUGCGGAGAAUAUGCAGAGCAGCAGCAUGAAGAGGGAGAUCAGCGAGGCCCACGACACCAUUCGCUUCGGCAUCAACGCCGGCGUCAAAGCCGACCUCGCCCCGCCGCACCCGCUCCAGUCUACCAUCCAAUCGGAGACCAAGUUCUGGGCGGACAAGAAGAAGUUCGGGACAGAUGCCAUAUAUGGAUCCGCCCUCAACAUCCGCAAGGAUCUCGAUGCCCAAAUCCUCUCCAGGUUCCAAAGGCCCCCUGGUGCUUUGCCGUCAUCUCUGCUUGGAUACGAGGCACUGACAGGUUCCCUGGAUGAUUUUGGAUUUGAAGAUUAUCUUAACAUGCCUCAUGAUUCUGACAGUUUCCGUCAACCUGACAUGCACCAUGGAAUGGAGGUUCGCCUUGGUUUGUCCAAGGGACCUAUCUGUCCUAGCUUCAAUUGAGGCAGUAAUGUAAUUCUGCUGCAAGUUCACCUCUCAGUCCAGUACUUCAGUCAAUAGACCAUAUUAAGAUGGUGAAAUAUGAAAACUGGUAGCUUGCAUCUGUUCAAUGUUAUGUUUUAAUCAACGCUGAAUUUAAUAUUUGUCAAGUUUGAACUUUUCUGGUUUCCUUGCCACUGCGAGGCCAUGGAAGCGACCAAAUUUAUAUAUGUUUGA